UUAUUGUAGGUCAUGGGUCAACGCAAAAUAAAUGUCAACAAUUCACGGUAGAUAAUCAACAUUAGGAAUGAAACAGCCUUAAGCACAAUUUCUACCUAAUAUAUGAUAAUAUGACCUCUAACUCUACAUUACCUGUUGGAAAAUCUGCAAAUUUAAACAUGGUGAAACCCAAUCAGAGCCCUUUACAAACAUUACUCCAAAUAGGUUUACCGAAACAUCGAGCGGAAAAAGCACUUGCUGCAACAGGAAAUCAAAGUGCCGAAAUUGCAACCAACUGGCUUUUGUCUCAUGUAAAUGAUCCAUUUUUAGAUGACAAUUCUCCAAGAGAAUAUAUUUUAUAUGCAUGUCCAACAGGUCCGUUUUCAGAACAAUUAAAAGUAUUUUGGGAUAAGUCCUUAAAUAUUCAGGGAAGGAAUGGAGCCCAUAAUUUCACCCCCCAUAUAACUCUAGUCUCUUUCUUCAAGACACCUGAUGAGCAUGCUCCGUAUCUAGCUAAGUGCUUAGAAUCGGUUAUGGAAAGGGAUGGUGCAAUACUCAAUGAAAAUUUUAAACUUGAAGUUUAUACAUCUCGAAACUUUAUGGGGUUUUUUGUUGCUGAAGAACAUGCAGACUAUUUGAAGAGAAUAGCUAUGCAAUAUGUGAAAGAAGUUUCUAAUGCUAUCAUUAGUGACACAUAUGAACAUUUUGAUGCUCUGACAGCCUGUUUUCCAUGGUGCACAACCACUACUGCUAGAUGUAUACCCCGAGGCAGUAGAUCUUUAAGUCAUGAACCCCAUGCCAAAUCACUCCAUUUAACUUUAGCAUACCAAUUUCCAAAUAAUCAGUUUGAUGGUUUGAAAGCUUUAGUUGAUGAACUGGAUCCAAAUGCGACAGCAGAAUGGGAACUGAGAUUGUAUUCGAAAGACCCCCGAAUAAAUGGAAAACAAGUCUAUAAGGUCAUCCGGGAGUACAUACCCACUGAAACUGACGACCUUGAAUUGAAAAUUGGAGACUAUUUAUAUGUUAGUUCGGAAGCCUUGAACAGUUCCAUCUCAGACGACUGGUUGGAGGGAACCUCCUGGUCGACGGGCGCUAGUGGAUAUUUCCUGGAAAGUAAUACUUGCAGAGUUCCAGAAUCUGACGCCUGGACGCUUCAUAAGAGUAUACCUCUAAAUAAGUGCGAACAUUUGGAAGAUAUGGGGGAACGUCAUGAAGAGUUGUCCAACACGCAGAUGAAGGAGUUUAUGAAAGAUAGGAUGAUUGCCGAUUUGAGUAAUGUCGAGGCAACCACAACAAAUUAUAAGGUGAAAUCAAACCAACGUAGCAUAUUUGUUUUACGCCACGCGGAAAGAGUGGACUUCGUCUUCAGAAAAUGGAUUUCCCACUGCUUCGACGAUGCUGGAAACUACCUCAGAAAAGAUCUCAACCUGCCACAUUCUAUACCUUCCAGAAGAGAUGGACCAGAAGGCUACGGUAAAGAUAGUCCCAUUACUAACGUUGGUUGCUUCCACGCUAGAUCAAUUGGAGAAGUUUUCAAAUCCAAUGAUGUUAACAUCGAUCAUGUAUAUUGUUCUCCAAGUUUCAGAUGCGUUCAAACUCUGGAUGCUUUCUUGCAAGGAAUAGGUAAAAAGGAAAACAUCAAAAUUCGAGUAGAACCAUGCCUUUUUGAAUGGACACUGUGGUAUCCGAAAGUUCCAGAUUGGAUGUCAGUGGAUGAAUUAGUUUCAGCAGGUUACAAUAUCGACACCCAAUAUAAUUCAUUUAAGAAUGUUAGUGAUAUAAAAGUGCAUGAAACUAUCGAGAACUUCUAUGCCAGAAGUACUGAUUUUUUGAAGAAAGUCAUGGAUGACCAUCCAACUGGCAAUGUUCUUCUAUUAGGUCAUUCUGCAACCUUGGAUACUAUGACAAGGCAUCUGGUACAAGGGAAAGAAGCGAGAAAUAAAGAUGAACUCUUUGGACUUAUAAAUAAAAUUCCGUAUUGUAGUUUAGUUCAAGUAACAGAAGAGGAAAACAAGUGGAAAUUCGUUGAUCCACCAUGUCCGCCUAUGACACAUUGUGUGAAUCAUAGAUUUGAUUGGAAAGUGCUUUUAUCAAAUUGAAUUAUAUCCAGCAUCUGUUACAUUAUUAUUUGAAGGUACAAAAUUAUUUAUAAGUUGAAAUGUCCUGUAUUAAAUUAAUUGUUAUUAUAUUAUUAUGAAUACUAUAUUAUAUUGUUAUUGAUAACCAAUAUACAGCUUAAUAUAU